CAACUAAACUUGAGAAAUCUAAAUAGGCUCUCGUUUAUUGUCCUUCACAUUAUUUCCCAUUUCGAAAAUUACAUCUUGAUUCGUUAUCUAUAUCCUCUUUGUUCUCGUUUGAGUUUUGUGAAAAUCUUAACUGUGCCCUGAAAUAGUGCUUGUCGGCUAAAAAAAAUUGGGAAAAAAUGCAUGCUAGUAUUGUUUAUAUAACACACCUAUUUGGGAAGAUUUUCCACCAUAUCUAAUUGCUGGACUAGGUCAAUGAAUAUAUGGGGAGAGGAUUAUGCACACGAUAUGGAAAAAAAUGAUCUAUACAUAUGGAUUUGUGAAUUUCGAGAUACUAGUGCUGAAGUGAAGGAGAAAAUGGAAAAUUCUCGCCCCUGCCAGAGUUGCAGAAAGAGAACUCUAGUCACCGAUUAUGAAACAGGCAAUAAGGUAUGUUCAUCAUGCGGUGUUGUUCAAGAGUUCGAUAAUUUCCAGGCUCACAUUGGCGGCAUUACUGGUGAAACCGGCACCUACAUUCAUAUCGGCAAAUCCGGCGCCGGCUCUGUCAAUAGCUACAAGGAAAACAAGAUUUACGAAGCCGAGAAAGUGAUUGAGGAUUUGGUAUUCAAAUUAGGGCUUUCGGUUGCUAAAUCUAAGGAGGUCAAGUCUUUGAUCGAGAAAAUCACCGGUGCAGAAUAUGGCCAAGGGAAAUGGUUCCCGGUUUUUGUCGGGGCUUGUGCUUAUGUUGUAAUGAGAAGGGAUCAGAGGAUCUUACCUAUUGUCCAAGUGGCAGAGUCAGUUUCUUGUGACGCUUAUGAAUUAGGUCGAAUGAUCAGUCGUGUGGUUGAUUUUGUUGAUUUGAAGCUGCCCGAGUUUGAUAUCGUGUAUGCUUUCGAAUCCGCAAUUAAGAGGUGCCCGAGUUUCGGCAAAGUUUCAGAUGAUUUGAUCAAGAGAAUGUUGCAGCAAGGUGUUUUCUUGUUGCAGUGCUUGAUCAAGUGGUUUGUGACGACGGGUAGGCAGCCCAUGCCUGUGGUGGCUGCAGUCUUGAUAUUUGUUGCCGAAUUGAACGAAGUACAUGUGAAGAUUGAUGACGUGGCGAAUGAAUUGCAUGUUACUGUUAGUACAUGUAGGCGUAGGUAUAAGGAGCUUACGGAGAGGCUCGUGAGUGCCGCUCGUGUUUUGCCGUGGGGGAAAGAUGUAACGGUGAAGAAUAUUUUAAAGAACGCUCCGAGUGUCAUUCAGUACAUGGAGAUGAAGUCGAUGGAGAAAAGUCAAAGUCAGAGCCUUGAACUUUUUCAGUACGAUAUGGAAGGAUUGGUCGGAGACUGUUUGAGGAAAGAUGGAUACGAUAGCCUCACCAGGGAGGAAGAUUGUAGCACAAGCUAUUUGAAUCAGAGAAUUGAUUAUCCGGAUAAAUUCCAGAUUUCUCACGAAUCUUUGUCCGUAAUUUAUUCCGAUUUCUUGGAUGAGAUUUCGUUGGUCAAGGCCAAUGCAGAGAUUAGUACAAAGAAUAAAAGAAGGCGAAAAAAUUUCGACAUUCGAUUAUUAUGUACGGAUUGGUGGAAAGGAAAAUCGGAGUUGAGCAAAAAGCUUGUUUUGAAGCAGAUACUGGAGAAGGAUGUGGGAUUGGAUGCUGCGCCUCCAUCUUUCGAAAAGGGAUGCUUAGCUAACGGAAAAAGACGAGAAAAGAUAAAAUCUGCAAAGUUACGAAUACAGAGAAUCAUGGAUCCGACAAACGCCGAGAAUGCUUCUUUGUCUGGGCUUGAAAAUUCAAGAAAGAAGAGAAAAAAAGUGCAGGUGGAUAUUGACUGGGAAGAUUUGAUAAUUGAAACUCUGCUUCUUCAUAAUGUAAAGGAAGAGGAGAUAGAAAAUGGGCAUUAUAAUGCACUCAUGGCUUUGCAUGUUUUUGACUCUAUGAAUUCAUGAUUACUUAAUUAAUUUAUUUAUUUAUUGUAAUUUAUUUUUAUUUUUUUGUUCAAUAAAAAUUCGGCUCCAAGGAGUUUAUUGAUUUUA